GGCUGUUGCUGAAGCCGCUGUUCUCGCUCGCUGGCGUUUUGAAACCACCCUGGAACGAGCAGCCACCGGGCGGGUUCCCCUCGCGUCUUCUUCGGGGAGGAUCUAACCGAGGCACGCCGGCUGAAGGAGCUGGUUUUCCGGUAGCAUUUCGUGAUACAACCCUCAGCCGGAGGUAGCUUAGCACAAAGGCGUUCAUCCAGCCGCCAGCCGAGGCUAGCUAACAGGAGCUAGCUUGCUAACAACACAGCCGGGGAGGACGAGCCUGCGCAGCCGUACGCCGGAUAAUCUCCUGCCGCCUCGCGUCCGCGGUGUUGUGGUGAUAUCCGUGUUAGCACAGAGCCGUGUAACCCUGACCCGAACCCGUCGAGCUGUGGCCUCUCAUGCCCGGGACACUGGGAGCUGCGUAGCGGGCUUUUGCUGCCUGUUUUCCCGGCUAGCAACGCCGGAGCUUCGGUCCAGCAGCAUCCAGGGAUGGUGGCGGUAGCAGGAACCCGCUAACGCCGCUUCCCCCAGUGCGAUCGAGCCCGCGGAAGAAGCGAGGCGGGGGGUGUCCUCGGUUCCGGGGGUACAAGGGUGGUCCUUCCCGGAGGUGGAAGCUGCUGACAGCACUCGGAACACGGCUGGGCUGACGCUGCGGACCUCGCUAACCGAACCAAGGGGAUUAAUAAGUGGAUUUCGGCCUCUUCCUCUGGAGAACCACCGGGACGGGAUUUGACAUUGAGUGAAACCCCCCGGACAACCUCCUGCUGUCCCCGCGACCUUCACCCUUCCCUCCCCAUCCGAUGCGGAGAUCACAGUAGCACCGGCGACCCAAUCCCCCCCUCCCCGGCCGGACAUGCUGAAGUGUAUCCCCCUGUGGCGAUGCAACCGCCACGUCGAGUCGGUGGACAAGCGGCACUGCAACCUGCAGACCGUCCCCGACGAGGUGUUCCGCUACAGCCGCAGCCUGGAGGAGCUCCUGCUCGAUGCCAACCAGCUCAAAGAGCUCCCAAAGCCUUUCUUCAGACUACUGAACCUACGGAAGCUUGGCCUGAGUGACAAUGAGAUCCAGAGGCUGCCACCUGAGGUGGCCAACUUCAUGCAGCUGGUGGAACUGGACAUCUCCAGAAACGACAUUCCUGAGAUCCCUGAGAGCAUAAAGUUUUGCAAGGCCUUAGAGAUCGCAGACUUCAGUGGAAAUCCCCUCUCCAGAUUGCCAGAUGGUUUCACUCAACUCCGAGCGCUGGCUCAUUUGGCACUCAACGAUGUGUCACUGCAGGCGCUGCCCAACGACAUUGGAAACCUGGCCAACCUGGUGACGUUGGAGCUCAGGGAGAACCUGCUGAAGUCUCUGCCCUCGUCACUCUCUUUUCUGGUGAAACUGGAACAACUGGACCUGGGCAGCAAUGAACUGGAAGUGUUGCCGGACACCCUCGGGGCCCUCCCCAACCUCAGGGAGCUGUGGCUGGACCGGAACCAGUUGUCCUCAUUACCACCAGAGCUGGGGAACCUCCGGAAACUGGUGUGUCUGGAUGUGUCAGAGAAUCGUCUGGAGGAGCUUCCCAUGGAGAUCAACGGCCUCCUGGCCCUCACCGACCUGCUGCUCACACAGAACCUGCUGGAGGUCGUCCCAGACAGCAUAGGUUGUUUGAAGCAGCUGUCUAUACUGAAGGUGGACCAGAACAGACUGACCCAGCUGACCGACUCAAUAGGAGAGUGUGAAAACCUCACAGAACUGGUUUUGACGGAGAACCUUUUACAAUCACUUCCUCGCUCUCUGGGCAAACUGAAGAAGCUGACCAACCUGAAUGUAGACCGCAACCGUUUGGGCGGUGUGCCCAAAGAGCUGGGCGGUUGUGCCAGCCUCAACGUUCUCUCCCUGAGAGACAACCGCCUUGGCAAGCUGCCUGCCGAGCUGGCCGAUGCUACUGAGCUGCAUGUGCUGGAUGUGGCUGGAAACAGAUUACAAAACUUGCCUUUUGCCCUGACAAACCUCAACCUGAAGGCCAUGUGGCUAGCAGAGAACCAGUCGCAGCCGAUGCUCAAGUUCCAGACAGAGGAUGACGAGCAGACAGGAGAGAAGGUGUUGACCUGCUAUCUGCUGCCCCAGCAGCCUUCCCCAAGCCUAGAAAACUUGCUAACGAACAGUGUGGAUGACAGCUGGACAGACAGCAACCUGAACCGAGUCUCGGUCAUUCAGUUCCAGGAAGAGACCAAGGCUGAGGACGAGGAUGAUGAGGCUGCAGCAGAGCGCAGAGGUCUUCAGCGCAGAGCCACACCGCACCCCAGUGAGCUGAAGGUGAUGAAGAAGGUGAUCGAGGAGAGGAGGAAUGAGGCUUACACAACCAGAUUUGAUGGAGAAGAAGAGUCCUCUAAUCCACAGGAGAAACGGCUCAGUGACCUCUCCAAUCAAAGUCACAACUCCCAGGUAUCCAACAGCACGAUAUCGGCCACUUCCCACGAGGAGAGACAGAACACGACGGCCGUCUCGCGGAGGGAGGAUCUUGUGGACGGCCGUUCCCCUCAGGAGGACGAGCUGGAUGAGAUGGAGGUGGAGUACAUUGAGCCCACUGUGCACUUUGCAGAGGAGCCCAUUAUCCGCUGCAGGGACGAGGAUGAGGAUGAGGAUGGGGAAGACGGUGAGAGGAGCGAUGAAGAAGAGAGGCCGACCAUUCCCGCAGAGAAGCAGCGUCUGAUCAGAAAGGACACGCCACACUACAAGAAACACUUCAAGAUCACCAAGUUGCCCAAGCCCGAGGCGGUGGCCGCUCUGCUGCAGGGCUACACUGCUGAAAGCCACAACGCUCAGAAAAAGGCGCCUGAGGUUGAGGAAGAGGAGGAUGAGGAGAGUAUUGGUACCCUUCAGAACCCUCACAGAGUGGAGGAGCUGGAGGACAGCCGGCAACAGGUCAACUCCAGUCAAGUGAAGCACACCCUGUCCAUCCAGCGACAGACAGGCGGUCUGGGCAUCAGCAUUGCGGGGGGGAAAGGGUCCACGCCUUACAAAGGAGAUGACGAGGGAAUCUUUAUCUCCAGAGUCUCUGAGGAGGGUCCUGCCGCCAGAGCGGGGGUCAAAGUGGGAGACAAACUCUUAGAGGUGAACGGAGUCGACCUCAAUGAGGCAGAACAUCACACAGCGGUGGAAGCCCUCCGCAGCUCCGGCGCUUCCGUGUCCAUGUCGGUGCUCCGGGAGCAUAUGGUGGAGCCGGAGAACGCCAUCACCACCACGCCACUGAGGCCCGAGGACGACUACUUCCCUCGGGAGCGACGCAGCAGCGGCAUCGCCUUCAACAUGGAGCCCAGCCUCAGCGGGCCCAUGCAGCGGCUGUCCACCUCCCUGUUCCGCAACGACAAGGGGCUGGGAUUCAGCAUCGCGGGGGGGAAAGGCUCCACGGCGUACCGCACAGGAGACACGGGAAUCUACAUCUCUCGCAUUGCAGAGGGUGGAGCGGCCCACAGGGACAGCACGCUGCGUGUAGGAGACCGGGUGAUCACUAUCAAUGGUGUAGACAUGACAGAGGCCAGGCAUGACCAGGCAGUAGCUCUUCUUACCGGCACCUCCCCCACAAUCGCUCUCCUGGUGGAGCGAGACCCGAACGCACCAGGGGGCUCUCCAGGUCAAUCCCGGGCACGUGCCCACUCCCCUCCACCCCCAGAACCCUCCGAUUCUCCGGACCAGGAGGAGGAGGGCCUCUCGAGUCACGGGAACAACCUGAGUCGGAUGGAGGACGAGUACCCAAUCGAGGAGGUAAUCCUGGUGAAAUCAGGUGGCCCCCUUGGCUUGAGCAUAGUAGGAGGCAGUGAUCACGCGAGUCAUCCAUUCGGCAUCAAUGAGCCGGGAGUGUUCAUCUCAAAGGUGAUUCCUCAGGGGCUGGCAUGUCAAAGCGGACUUCGCGUCGGAGACCGAAUAUUAGAGGUGAACGCCAUCGACCUGCGUCAUGCCACUCACCAGGAGGCGGUGCGAGCCCUGCUGGCCAACAAGCAGGAGAUCCGGAUGCUGGUGCGGAGGGAUCCUUCACCGCCGGGGAUGGAGGAAAUCAUCAUCCAGAAGCAGCCGGGGGAGAAGCUCGGCAUCAGUAUUCGGGGAGGGGCCAAGGGUCACGCUGGAAACCCCUUUGACCCCACGGAUGAGGGAAUCUUCAUCUCAAAGGUGAGCUCAAGUGGAGCAGCAGCACGAGACGCCCGCCUGCAGGUGGGCAUGCGGAUCCUGGAGGUGAACAACCACAGCCUGCUGGGGAUGACGCACACGGAGGCAGUGCGGGUGCUUCGGGCUGUGGGAGACUCUCUGUUCAUGCUGGUGUGUGACGGGUUCGACCCAAACAAAGUGACAGCUGUGGAGUUACAGGCGUCUCCUGGGAUCAUUGCAAACCCGUUUGCAACAGGCAUUGUGCGCAAGAACAGUAUGGAGAGCAUCUCUUCUAUAGACCGAGAUCUGAGCCCGGAGGAAAUGGAGAUCAUGCAGAAGGAGUCUGAGAUGGUGAGAGAGACGUCACAGUGGGAGCGAGAAGAGAUGGAGAAAGUGGAGCAAAUGCGAUUGGAUCGUGAGGAGGCAACUCGCCUGCUAGAAGAGGAGACUGAGAACAUCAGCACAGGACCUUUAAAACUUGACUACAAAACCCUGGCUGCUCUUCCCACCACCAGUCUGCAGAAGGUCAACAGGGCUCCUUCCUCUGAUUUCACCAGGACCGACAGCCCCAUCCGGGAAACUCCCUACUCCCCCACCAUCCAGCCGGCAAACAUUCAUUGCACCUCCACUCCCACUGCCAAGGACACCAGCCCAUCAUCAACGCGACCGGGUGCCAUCCAGCCGGUCGGCCGCGUGUGGCCCAGUACCUCCCCCGCCACUCCGGAAGGCCACAGUCCCAACCCCUUUCAGCAUGGCCCCUCCCCCUUCAACUCCCAGACCUCUGAGCAGUACGGUGUGAGGAACAACUUUCAUCCGAAGCAACCUUCUCCAGAGCCUGAGUUGCACAACGAGGUGUUUGAUGAUGUCAUAGAUGGUCAGGAGGGAGCAGUGACCAGCCAGGUCUCCCCCCGGCGGGAGUAUAUGAGCCUGGCAGCAGUGCCACGUCACUCCAGGGCUUCAUUGGACCUGCAGAGUCCUUCUCCUCGGGGUACAGGCAGCCCAGAGCAGAGAUCCUUCAGGGACAGACAGAAGUAUUUCGAGAUCGACGUGAAGCAGCAGACGCCUGAAAAACCCAAACCUCGAGUCUCUCUUGUUGGAGAGGAUGACCUCAAGAACAUGAGGGAGGAAGAAGCGAGGAAGUUUGAUCUGCGGGCGCAGGAGUACCUCCUGGACGAAGAUGAGGAUGACGAGGAGGAGGACUUGGCCAAGCAGGUGGCUCAGAUGAAGGCCAGCGGCAAAGUGUUGCUGGACGGCGUGGAGUAUAAAGUGGAGCCAGCGUCCAGCCCCUCUCAGCACUGCGCCACCCCCCCGAGCUACAACCUCACACCACCGAGCUACUGUGGCAGCUCAGGACCCUCCUCUGUGGACGGUAAAGGAGACUCUCAGAGGAAUUCAAUGGAGGACAGCUUCAGGCUGGAUCAGAGGCCCAACUCCAUGACGGGGUUGAUCCCAGCGUACCAAGGGGAGUCGGCGGCUCCCAUCCGCACGGCCAAGGCCGAGCGCCGACACCAGGAGAGGCUUCGCAUGCAGAGUCCCGAGCUGGCGUUCGCCCUCGACAAGGACCUGUCCCCGGCCGAGAAGAGAGCUCAGGAGGCGGAGAAACGAGCCAUGUGGAGAGCAGCACGGAUGAAGUCUCUGGAGCAGGAUGCGCUGAAGGCUCAGAUGGUCAUCGCAAAGUCUCGGGAUGGGAAGAAGCGUGGGACGUUAGACCAGCUGACGGAGUCUCCGUCGCCUGCUCCCACUCCGUCUCCUACACCCAUGGAAGAGCUCAGUCCUUGUGGAGUCACUUCACCCGGCAGACUGUCCCUGUCGUCAAAGAAGUUUGACUACCGACAGUUUGCCGCCAUUCCUUCUUCCAAACCCGUAUACGACAUCCAGUCUCCGGACCCAGUCCAGGACCUGCAGUUCAUUGACGACGGCUCCAGCAGCCCAGGUGCCUACCUGGGAUAAGCAGCUCCUAUUGGUAGGAUCCUGUGUGCAUGUGUUUGUGUAUCUCUGUGUGUGUGUGUGGGCUCAGUUUGUAUGACUGUGUGCUGGUUUGUGGUUUUACACUCUUAACACGCUUGUGUGGCAAACUGGGUUCAGGUGUGCGUCACCAGAUCUGAAGCAGCAACUGAUGCUGAGUCCAAAGUGGAAGAGAAACACGUCGAGUCCAAUCUAAUGAUCUGAAACUAACUUUGAUCUGGAGUGAGCAUGGUUUGGUUUAAAGCUCAUAAGGAGCUAGAUCACUGUGACACAAGGUUUAAACUACAACAAGUAUAUAAAACUAACACAUGCACAUUGGUUCCUGGACUAGCUUUAUUGUUAGAAGAGCUCAGGGAGGUGUUUCUGCUCCUGCUUGGCCUGCGGUGCUUCUCCAGCAGGUUUCAGGAUCCGUCCGGUCGCCUCCAUCUCUCCUCCUCCGCUCUGCUGGUGAUGGGGUUUGACUGUCAAACAGAAAGAGAAACACAAGUGACUCAUCU